UUUUGGUAAGACGCGUUAGUGUUUUUCGGCUGCCACAGAUGAUUUAUAAAAACAGAAUUUAAUUUGACGCAAAAGGAAAGUUGAGCAGGAAAUUAGGAGUUGCCAUGGAAGCCAUCCUAAUGAUCAUAUUCUUCACCUCCUUCUGGGUGGCGGUGGCCAAGUUCGGACCCAUCCUGGUGAAGAAGGGACCGCAGGAUGACCUGGUGCGCUGCAUCUUCCUCCUGACCGCCGUCGUCUGCUGGCUCUUCUGGCUCUGCUGCUAUCUGGCGCAACUGAAUCCGCUGCUGGGCCCCAAGCUCAAUAGUAACACCAUCAAGAUCAUCGCCAAGUCCUGGGAUAAUCCCAUAAAGGACGGAUAACGAAGUGCCCGCUAUGGAAUCUCUUCAUAGUCAAACUGCCGGAGGCAUCUUCUCCGCCAUUCCCGUCGGCAGCCACAUCAUCCGAAAGCUUUAGUGUACUUUAAUACUGGCACGUAGAUAAGGUUGGACCAUCCCAUCCCCAGAUACGCCCUACUAUUUCCAAACUAACAUUACUUAUUGAUAUUGCAAACUCCCACUUUGAACAUGAGCUUGUUUUGAUGUCUCAGCAUCUCUAAUCAGCAUAUUACUCUUUCGUAUUUAUUGUUUUAUAUUUACAAAUGUUUUUUUUACAAAGCACUACCUAUGUUCUCAUUUAAUUCCAACCCUUGAAACAGAUAUUAUCAAUUCAAUGUUUUACAAACUUGCCACAUGAGCGAUUUUUGAAUAGUUAAACAGAUUAUUUUAAACCUAGUGUUCGCUGUUUUGUAGAUAAUUUUACUAAUCAGUCAUUGUAUUUGUGAUUUAGUUAUUGGCAAAUAUAGAACAAUUAUUUCGUUCACUGUAA